GGAAAUUGGCCGAAGAAAAUUGGCACGGCAUAUAUGUGUGAGCAAGAUUUGGAGGAUCAAGCAAAUAAAAACAAACGAUCAACCAAUUAUCGCUACAAAUGAAAGUAAAAUAGUAUUAUUAUUUUUUGUUUUGCUUUAUUUUGAAUUUUCAUUCAUUUCUCAUUCAAAAGAAUUGCAAAUAUAAAUUCGUUAACCAGGGAAAAUGCCAACUACCACAGCCAACCUUACAGCCACGUCGCUCCCUCAAGACCUUCUUGAACAAAAGUCAGCGGCGUGCGUGGGGGUGCAGCGACAGUUCACUUGGGAGGAGGUCAAGCAAGUGGUUGCUGCCGAGCGCCUGGACCUGCUUGGGCGUGUUGCUGAAAAUGAGCUGAUAUACCGCGAGAACAUGCAAAAAAUACGCAAGGAGUAUGGAUCAGUCGUUGUCUACAUACAGCAGGUGAAGCUGGCGGCAUUUCUUUGUGACACAGCCAGCGAGUUUCUGAUGAUUCCAAACGACUAUCCGUACGCGCUUCCCGAUAAUACCCAGCAUUUCAUUGUGUGGUCCAAGGUAAAAUUGACUCCAGGCACUGUGCCCGAUGAUGUGAUAAGGCGGCUGUUCGAGACCAGGCUCAACAAGGAGAUUGGCGCUGGCAAAUACGAGUGGGUAUGGUUUGUGAACCCGCCCCACUUGCAGAGCAUCCCAGAGGUUGUCCACGGACACUUAAUUGUGCAAAUGAUGUAGUGAUAUGCUCUAUAUAGAAUGUAAAAAAAUAAUAUAAACGAA